GAGUGGCUGUGUGUGUAAACACAGGGGUGUGUGUUGAAGAACAGGCGAUGAUCAUCAUGAUCUGGAAUCAUGCAGCUCAGUGGAGGACUAAAGACGCUCCGGAGAUGCUCGUGAGAUGAUGCAGAGGGACGCACGUGGAUGGCAGAGACUCCAGCAUCCUCUCAGGACAUUGAGUUUGUGAAGCGUUGCGCAGCAGCACAGUGGCCCCCCCUCAGGCCAGUCGGAGUACUGCAGCAACACCCAGCCACAAAUCUGCUUCAUGGCCACAAAACCAAACCUCUGCAGAACAUAUGACUCUUACCAAAAGGUAAACUUACAAUCAGGGGUCAGUGAGGUGACGCGAAAGACGUAUGAUAUGGAGGUCAAAGGUCAACUGAUAACAUGCUCCGAGCUGCAGGCCACUACAGACAGUAAGCAGCAUGCGGAGCGGAUGGUGGAGCUGCAGGAGCGCCGGAGGAGUCUGCAGUCGCUGCUCAACACUCGGAUAGCAGAACUCAAACGUGUGUGUCUGCAGGAGGCGGAAUUAACAGGAGAAGUUCCUCAAGAAUAUCCUCUGGAAAGUGGAGAGAAAGUCCCUCAUGUGCGGCGCAGGGCUGGUCUGUCUCGCAGCAGGUCCAAACAUAACACCAAAAAUGAGGAAGAGGACGUCUCUCAACGCAAGACAAAGAAAACUCUGUUCAGCGGCGCCCUCCGCAGACACGUCGAUUCUGAACAGCAUCCUCCACACAGCAAACGCACGGUUCAUAGAGGAUGCCACACAGAUAACACAGUGAAGACAGAGAGCAGCUCCACGUUUGAUUCAACCAAUCAGGACACUGAAGAUGCCUCUGAUGGUCUGUCAGCCUCACAGCCCCGGCUGGUCUCUGGGAGCCCAGACAACAAAUUUUCUCCAAAACUCUCCCCAGUGGAGAUCUAUUACGAGAUGAAAACACGCCGCAACUCUGUGGCCAGCUCAGCCAGCCCGAGUCACUCUCUUCCAAGGAGUGUGUCGAAUCUGGAAGGUAGAAGUGUCCCGGCAACUCCACUUCUGUCCCGCAAUGGAAUAACAGGAGUGCACAUCAGGUCAGAAUCUUCUAGCGGCUCUGCUGCUGUGAAGCAGUGGUCAGACAAUCCCGAGGCGUCCCAUCAGGUGCCUCUGCAGUCUCAGGAGGGGUCAUCCUCAGGGUCCUAUGAGCAAGGGCACAGACGUAGCAAUAGUUCUGAGACAUUACUCGACCGGCAUGGCACCACAGCGGAGGACGGAGGUCAAAGGUCAGGCUUGCCUGUACGGAACGGCCCGUACAAGAGCUCGGAAGCCAUCAUGGACUCGACUUUAAAACAGGCGCAGCGUAGCAGUCCCGAGCGGCAGGUAAACGGGCACACUGAACUGGCACACGUUCGCUUGGCCACAGGAGGUCGAGGAAUGAACGGAGGUUACAGUGAGAUCCUCAUGGAUUAUGUGUGGGGCAAGCAGCAGAAGAUGCAAGCUCAGCAACAAAAAAGACUGCAGGUGCAAAGUAAUGCAAAAACCCGGCCGUGGGCCGAUGGUCCUAAUGCUCCACCACCUCCUUACAGGAACGGCUUUGCCCAGUCUCAGCAGCUUAUCCUAGGCAAUGGCCCUCCGGCCUACAGCCCUCUAAUGCUGAGAGGGAAGCCCGGCGAGCCACGGAGGGUCAAAGUGUCACGCACCAAAUCCUGUGGCCCGAUCAUUCCCUUACAGCAGCACCAGCAAGAGUCCAUCCUGCUCACUGCCUACACUGAAAACAACACCUCCAAUCCAACACAUAACCAGCAGAUCGACCACCCCCACAGGCCACCUAAUUACCCUCUCGACUCCUCCGUGCCCACGACCCCCGAUGACCCCACGCGCAGCCUGCACAAGGCCCUGGCACUGGAGGGUUUGAGAGACUGGUAUCUGCGGAAUGCGUUGGGACAGACGGCCAGUGGAGGAAAGGGCAAAGAGGGGAAGCAGACUCAGCGCAGGCGUACCACGUCCUCUCUGCACAACUCACACCCCAAUCCACCGCUCAAACACCAGCCACAGUCCUUCCAAACAGACACGUCCUGUCCACACAUCCCCCAGUCAGCCACAUUUCAUGGACACCCUCUACACGGCAGGUCGAAGGAGCUUUCUUUGUACCAAGAUACCAUUUCAUCUAAAAUGCAGGACAUGACACUUAAAGAGAGCAGUAAUGACAGACCCACGCCAGGCACGCUGGUCUGACACACAAACAAAAAAGAGACCCAAACACAAAGAGACUACAGCAAACACCAGCUUACAUGUGUAUGGAAUGGCAGACUGAGAGAAUGCAUGAUGGACUAUUAAAGAGACCUUUUGGUUCCUUUCAGUGGUUAGAAUUAAAUAAUUCUGACGGAAAUCAAUCUAAUCAAUGUUAUACUAACAUAUGCUAAGAUACCCUUGACAUGGGACAAAUACUCAUACUCACUCUUUUCAGCAUGAAAUCAAGCUGUCUUCACGUUUUUAGAUCAUCUCUGGGUUCCUGCAGAUUUCUUAUGUAGUUUCCCUUUUAAUCAGCAACAGUAGUAGCAAGCUCUGGCAAAAGAGACGAUAUGUCAGCACAUUCCUAUCAGUGAACAAUGUGAGUUCAUUCUAUCACUAUUUCCUUGAUACGGAUUUGUCACAAAGUAUAUACAAAGAGUUCUUGUUGUUCAUGAGAAUCCAUGAGACCUUCCAUAAGUCAUACUAGGCCCUUUGAAAUAACUAAUCAGGAUCUUCUCAAUGUUAUAUGGAAAUAUUUCUAUGCAAAUUACAAUCAAGAAGACUGUGUUUAGACAAAAUUAAUAAUUUGAGUUUUGGUUUUGUCAUUCUGAGUAGCAGUUUUAAAAUAUGUAUGAGAAAAAAACAAGCCAAAUCUUAAACUCUGAUGGACUGUUUCAGAGUCAGGGACUCACAGUAUUUCAUGAAAUGUAUAAUUAAGUUAGUAUCUUUAUUACUAAUCAUAAUGUGGAGGAGUAUAAGUGUGCUUAUUCAGGACGAUGACUUUAAGAAUGGCACAGCUCCAACAACAUCUUUAUCUGUAUCACUCAUAUUUAUGAUGGUUUCUAUUUCCUCAGGCUGUAAUUGUAGACCAGUAUUAAUAUCCACAAUUACAGAGACAUUCACAGGUAGAAUAAAGGAUAAAUGACAUUUGAUGUAUUUUAAAAUAGCAUUUUUUAAUGAAAAUUAAACCAGAAUGAAAGAUUGAAUCUCAAGAAUUCUGUCAAAAAUAAAUUUAAUUCCAAAUUUACAAGAAAAAUGGUCUUUUAAAACAAUUAUUUUAGGUCUAUAUUAAGAUUAGGAUUAUAUAUAUAUAUAUAUAUAUAUAUAUAUAUAUAUAUAUAUAUAAUUUAAAAAAAAGGUUUGCAUUAUGACAUUUUCAUGACAAGAAUUCUCAUUCUCAUUACUGUAAAAGAAGAAAAUAAUCAUAUUAUUUAUGGAUUUAAGGAUCAUCAUAGUUCUUUUUUUGCUGGAUUAAUGCUGAUUUAAAAGAAUCCUUUCUGGACAGGAUGAAAUUUAAUUACUGUAAUACAAAUAUAAUGUGCAUGAUCACUAAAAAUAAUGAAAAAUAUAAAGACACUCAAAAGCAAAACAACCGGAUGCGUUAUGAUAAUGAGAAUUGAGAGGGACAGGCGCAUGAAAAUAAUGCCACAAUGCAAAAUAAUAAUAAUUAUAGGUUUUUAAAAAAUAUCUAGGGAGAAGAUUAUUUAAAAAAAAAAAUACUGAGAAAAAUAUAAUCUUGAUUUUAUUUAGAUUUUGGGGUUGAAAUAUCACUCUUACAUGUUUCCGCUUUCUAAAACCAUCAGGAAUUUUUAGAGAUGACCUCUAGGGGGAGCCCCAUGAUCUGUUUUGAGGGGGUUCUGGAUCCAUUCAAAUAAGCAGCAUCCACUGCAGAUGCAUGCACAGCGUCCUGCCAGGUGCAGUGCUUGUCUCAAGAAGCACCAGUUUCUUGUGUAUAGCGCCUUAAUUGCAAUUGUUCAUUGUUCUUCCUAUCGGAUUCACUGCAGAUGUCAAUAUUUACUGUAUCUCUCAAUAAUUAGAUUGCAUGAAAUGAAAAGGAUUCAUUAACCAAAUCAGGACUUUGCCAAGACUAGUAAUUUUCCUGCACCCUCCUUUAGAAUUUAUUUGAAUUGUGAUACUCACAAUGAGGUGUUGCCUACUAAUGAUGCCAACUUUUGACCAUUGUGCCUAGAAAAUGUGGCGGAAGACUUGUAGAGACAAUGUCUUAUCACUAUGUGUAGUUCUCACAGCCAGUCUAAAUAAAGAAUUAGGCUUCUGCUUAUUAAACUACAGAUCUUAUUCUCUCUUUAUGACCGAAAAAAUACACACAAAAAAAACAAAACAGGCAUUUGGAUUGCUGGCUAAUCCACUCUAAAUAAUAGAUAUAGUCUGCUAUGUUGAGUGUUCGUGCUCCCUUCUGAAAAAAACUAAAAAAAAACGAUGUACCAGUGCAUGCGGCUAUCUGUUCAUCUUUAUUUCUUCUCUAUUGUUCUUUGAUUUUUAUUUGGCUCAUUGUGUUAUCAUUAUGUAGGCAUCUUGAUGUAGGUCUUGAAAAGCUUCUAAAUCUCAAAUGCCUUCACCACAAAUUUAUCUGCAGAAUAUAACUUACUGAAGUAAUCCAAACUUUCUCAGAUGCUUUGUCAGCAAAUGCUGCCGUGCUUGUCUCAGGACUACACUGAAAGCUGCUUGAUUGUGAUCUGUCCAUUUGAAUCCAACACCAUUGAUGCAUGGAAGUUUCACUAAUAGAAAUACAAUUAUUUCUUUCCUUUAUCUUUUUUUUAAUAAACACAGACUUUAACACGAGAGACCUGUCAGAAUACAUUAUAGUUGCCGGAUGUUUAUGAUGAUUUUAAAACCUUGCUGAGGACAUUUUAGGUAAUCUAUAUCAAAUGUUUUGAAAGAUCAUCUUACACUUAUGUGAAUUAUGAUUAUUUCUAUUGAGAACAUAAAGAUCUAAAGGAUGAUGGAUAUGAAGGAUAACAGCCUUUUAUUUUUGAUGAAAAACUUAAUAACUGUUGAAAACCUAAUGAAGUUUGUUAUAUCUGUCUUCAUCAUGGUACCAAAUGCUAACACUUUUUGAAGAUGUUCCCUCCAUGUUGUGGACACUAUUGAAGAUUUGAUUUCCCCAGUUACCAUUUCAAAAACUCUUUGAUAUUUCCUGCUAAUCUUUUAUCACUUUUGGAAGAAACCUUUCCAACUGUAUAUAGGCUAAUUUGCUGUUUUCUCUUUGCUUUUCAACAUUUUAUAUCUCUAUUGGAAGAAAAAAAAUCCAAGACUGUACAAAGUGUCUUUUUAAUAAAGUGUUUUUGGUCAUACA